CCCCGUUGUGCCAACCAAUCUCCACCAAUCUCAACUAAAUGCUUCUCGUUCAGUUGUAAUAUAUCCACUAGUCAGACUCUUCUUCCACCUAAUUUCUGGUUUUUCACUCCCUCACGGCUCCACUCCACCGACUCUUCUUCCACCUCCAAAAGACAAAGCCCAGAGCCCCAGAGAGCCUGACAAUUCAUAUUAGUGGUGAGUUUGCAUGCAGCUUCCCCAAUCAUACAAUUGCAUCAGAUGAUAGAUAUAACCCUAUCCACCAUACCCACCAUUGUUAGGACAAAGCAACCAUCUUGAUGCCUUCUCUACUGCCCUACAACAUACAAUUCGAUCUCGAAAGCUGAAUCGAUCGAGGAAUGCUCUGUAAAGGUCCUUCGAAAAGGCUCACCGCUCACCAGGUUUUAGGAGCUAGAGGCUGAAAUUUCAAUACCGAACUACGACUUAUUGGAAGAAUACCUGAAAACAGAUGACCCCUUUCCGAUUAGUCACAAAAAAACCCGCACCAAAGCACGGGCUCAUUUACUAGUCUGCUGUAUCGGAAGCUAGGCUUUCUCUCAUGGAGACGCAUAUGAAGCUCCAGCCACACGUGCUACUACUGCCCUUCCCAGCACAAGGCCACAUCAAGCCCAUGCUAGCCUUGGCGCAGCUUCUCUGCCACGCCGGCAUCCACGUCACCUUCCUCAACACCGAGCACAACCACCGCCAGCUCACCCAACGCCAAGCCCUCUCCGCCCGAUUCCCUACUCUCCACUUCCACUCCAUCUCCGACAACCUCCCCUCCGAUAAUCCACGCUCCCUUUCCUCUAAUUUCAUGGACAUAGUCACGUCCUUGAGGUCCAAAACGGCGCCACUCCUGCAUCAACUCCUGGUCUCCCUCACAAGCAAAAUCGACGUCGGCUCUGCAGCUCAGCUGCCUCCUUUGGGCUGUGUGAUAACAGACUGGCUCAUGUGUUUCGCAAUUGAAGCGGCGGAGGAGGUCGGGAUUCCCGUGAUUGCCUUCCGCACCACCAGCGCUUGCAGCUUCUGGUGUGACUCAUGCAUCCCCAAGCUAAUUGAAGAAGCUCAGCUGCCUUUUGGAGAUGAAGAUAUGGAUAUGACGGUGAGAGGCAUUCUUGGGAUGGAAUGCCUUUUACGACGAAGGGACCUACCGAGUACUUGCAGAUUACCAAUCGAGCACCCGGUUAUGCAGUUUUACAUGGAAGAGGCCAGAUCCAUAACUCGAGCUUCCAGUCUCAUUAUUAACACCUUCGACGACCUCGAGUCCUCAGUUCUCUCCCACAUUGCCUCUCGAUUUUCAAAUAUUUACACCGUCGGACCAUUGCAUGCUCUCCUCAAAUCCCGUUUCGUGGACGACAACCCAUCUUCCUCAUCCUCCGCCGCCGCCUCUUUGCGCCAAGAAGACCGUCGUUGCAUGAUGUGGCUGGACUCCCAAAGGGUUGGGUCUGUAAUUUUCGUGAGCUUCGGAAGUGUAGUGAAACUAACACGUGUUCAAUUACUAGAGUUUUGGCACGGAUUGGUUAAUAGUGGGUCCCCUUUUCUAUGGGUCAUCCGCUCAGAUUUGCUACGGAGUAGCGCAGCAGAGCACGCAAGUCACCUGACCCCGGCAGAGUUGGAGAUAGGUACAAAAGAACGGGGGUUUAUAGUGGAUUGGGCCCCGCAAGAAGAGGUCCUGGCCCAUGAAACUGUGGUUGGGUUUUUGACCCAUAGCGGGUGGAAUUCAACACUGGAGGCAAUUUGGGCCGGAGUCCCAAUGCUUUGCUGGCCCCAACUAGCCGACCAACAGGUGAAUAGUAGAUGGGUUGGAGAGGUUUGGAAGAUUGGGGUUGACAUGAAGGACACAUGUGAUAGAUCGACGAUCGAGAAGAUGAUCAAAACCUUAAUGGAAGGUAAAGAAAGAGAUAUGAUUUCAAGGUCGGUUGAUCAAUUUGCAAAACUGGCGCAAACUUCUGUGAGUGAAAGUGGCUCUUCAUAUCAUAACCUAGAGAAACUUAUUCAAUACUUGAGAGAAAUUUAUGAUUUGAUUUGUAUAAGAUUCACAGUUUCAUACUUGUAUAUGCAAGAAGUUCAGUUAGGACUUCACAAUCAUGUCCUACUCGCUUGAAAAGCUAUACUUAUCUAAAGAUCUUCACUCACCCACCA